AUGGAUUGUGAUUGCUUGAUGGGAUUAUACCUUAUGGUGGAUUGGUAUGUUGUAGUUGAGUUUAGCACAGGAAAAGUUAUGGCUUGUUGUAGCAGCGACUCCGGGGAAAUGCAGUGGAUUGUUAAAUUCGGGAAACACCACCCUCCAGCCUUUGAGGGGACAUUUGAUAUCCAAGUGGCUGAGGAUUGGAUAAAUCGGCUAGAAAAGAUCUUUGCCAUAUUGGAAUGUCCAUCUAAGAGGAAGGCUCAUAUGGUGAUAUACAAGCUAGAAGGAGAGGCAAACAGAUGGUGGAGGAAAAAAAAACUAGUCCUCCAAGCAAAUGUAACUCCCAUCACCCAGGAGGUUUCCAAAGAAAAAUUCUUUUUGAAAUACUUUCCUCAAUCUGUUAGAGAUGAAAAGGAAGCGAAAUUCCUUAUGAUUAAGAAGACAGUAAAUAAGCCUUUUGAUGAGUACUUGGCCAGGUACAUUAAGUUAUCCAGGUACUCCACAUAUCUCUGGCACAUGAAUGAUGAGCUUUGGUUUACAGAGAAAAUAAUCAUAGGGUUGAAGCCCGAGUUGAGAGAAAAGGUGGCCCCGUGGCAGUUGGAAGUGUUUAACAAUAUAGUGGAAGUCUGCCGUAUCACUGAGAACGGUCAGAAUCACAUAGAACUAGCUAAGGCAACCCCAUAA